AUGAAUGAAUACAAAUAUCCUGUAUCGCAAUUAGCCAUGAUUAACUCGACAACAAAGAAGCAGCAGAAUGUAGUUCUCAAAAAGCUGAAUAUUGCUGGAAAAACACGCUUUCAUCUCCUGCUCCUCCUCCCCCUCCCCCCCUCCCCCUCCCCCCAAAAUGAUAGUAAUAAUAAUAAUAAUGAAUCAAGCGCCACCACCGAACCCGCUGCUGGGAUUCAGCUCUACUCCCAGAUUGAGAAACUAAUGACAGACACUGCAAAGCAAUCAUAUGGUGGUUGGGGUACCUCAGGAGAUUGGAGUGAAAUUGAGGGAGCAUGGGUGCUAAAGCCAAGAAGCUCAAGGCCAACAUCAAUUGUCCACUUUGUUGGUGGUAUUUUUGUUGGGGCUGCUCCUCAGAUUACAUAUCGUUUGUUUCUUGAGCGCCUUUCAGAAAAGGGGGUAUUGGUGGUCGCAACACCAUUUGCCAGUGGAUUUGAUCACUUCUUUAUUGCAGAUGAUGUGCAAUUCAAGUUUGAUAGAUGCCUACGAUUUUUACAAGGAAGUGUAAAUGAGCUUCCAAUUUUUGGCGUUGGUCAUUCUUUAGGAUCAGUAAUCCACCUUUUGAUAGGAUCUAGGUACGCUGUAAACAGGUGUGGAAAUGUAUUUAUGGCAUUCAACAAUAAGGAAGCAAGCCUCGCCAUCCCAAUGUUUUCUCCAGUGAUUGUUCCAAUGGCCCAAAGUUUUGGUCCGGUGCUUUCUCAGCUCACAUCUUCUCCUACUGUUCGAUAUGGAGCAGAGAUGGCUAUGAAGCAGUUGGAGAGCUUGAGUCCACCAAUUCUCAAACAAGUACUUCCACUAGUUGAGCAACUGCCUCCUUUGUACAUGGAUUUGGUAAAGGGCCGGGAAGAAUUCAUUCCAAAACCAGACGAAACUCGUCGACUGAUAAAAUCUUAUUACGGCAUCUCUCGAAAUUUGCUUGUGAAGUUCAAAGACGACAAUAUUGACGAGACUCCAGUACUGGCUCAGGUUUUAAGUUCUGAGUCUGCCAUUAGUUCUGGUCUGGAUAUGUCCAUACGAACAUUACCAGGAGACCACGGCUUGCCUUUGCAACAGGUGUUUCCAGAGGUUCCUCCGGCAAUGGCUGAUGCCGUAAACAAGGGCGGUGAGCUCCUUGCAAAUUUGGCAGUAGGGACACCUUGGGAGACUGUAGCUAGAGAGGUUGGGACUUCACUAGGUGCAGAGUCACAGGUCCUUCGCACCCAGAAUGUGAAGGAUGUGGACCAACUCGUCGAUGUCAUAGCAUCAUGGAUGCAGUUGCAUUCUGGCCCGAGGCUCCUGACACCAUAGAACCACAAAACAUUUGAGGAAGAGAGGGACAUUAUCACCCUAUCUUCAUCUGUAUCCAUUUGUAUGUAACUGUUUUUUAAUAGAAUGAAUUCCAUAAGACCGACCGCGAGCUACAGGAACGAAAUAAUCACAGCUUUAUGAAAUCGAAGUGUACAGUGGUGUGUUGUGCUGUGUGUAGAGAUGUAAUUAUUCCUAUCUAGAUAUGUAAUUCUUCCAAAUGUAAUAGAAGUGAAGACUUUAGAAAUAAAUGUGGUAGUCCAAUAGCAUGAAUUUCGCUAGUACCAACUUUGAUAA